GGCUAUUUUAAACCUAAAUAGACAUAAUUCUUCAACUCAAGGGUUCUUCCUUGUUGUCUAUCACCAAAGAAAAAGCAGAAUUCAUUAAAGUUAGACAUGGUAUUUAAAAUUCCAUAUAACAUUUAGUUUAGCUAAAGCAGUGGUUCUCGAAUGGUUUUGCCUUGGGACCCAAAUUGAACCAGGUUGUCUCAGUUGCGAUCCAAUAUUCACAUCGCAAAUGUAUUUUGUUGCCAAAAUGCAAUCUGGAAAACUAUUUUUAAUGCUAUACUGAUAGUAAAUGUACCAAUUUCACCUGGGAACAAGUCCCACCUUUUUCAUUGUCAAUAAUGUUAAGCUCACUGGUUUGAGACCACUAAAUCAACCAAGUCCGCUAAAUAGCGCUGCUAAUAACUCUAUAUUGAAAAUACUGUGAUUGAGGUUAAAUUAUAAAAUAUAUAUAUAUAGGUUCAUUAUAAUUUCUACACAAUUUCUACCUGGUUUGGUUUUAGUAGUUUAGGUUCAGACUUGAGUAUUUUUCAUUUAAAAAUAAUAAAAUAAUAAUAAUAAUCAUAUUAAUUGUUUACUCAGACACUCGCGAACCAUUCAAAACCUCGGUCGCGACCCACCAGUUGAGAAUCGCUGAGCUAAAGCGUUACAAUUAUGCACUACAUGUAGCUAACCAAUCCAUAUGCAUACAGAUCUGUGUGAUUCUGCACAAAGUCUGUGCAGCCACUAACACUGUGCUUGCAGUAAAAUAUUGGAGGGAUACGCGCUAAUUCUAGCUGUUAUCUAUUUGUUUACAGAAAGGCAUGCAUAUUAAUAUCUGAAAAUAACACGCUUAUUAUUAUCGCUGCACACUGCAGAUAUGUAAAUAAGGUAGAAUAGACGAAAUAGGUCGAAGACCUCUGCAAGAAGGCUGUGCUAGCCAGGAAGCUAGCUAGCUAACGUUAGCUUCUAGCUAGCUUGCCAUUUUCAUCCAGUGGCCAGCUAGUCAAGUUAGCCAUGCUAAUUGCCCGUGCAGGGUUGACUGAGAGCUUGAGGUGACAGACUGCCAAGGAAACCCACUCGACCAAAGCAAGUGCAUCACUCAGGUAACCUCACACAUCCUAGAAUACCUGCAGACACAGUGGAUACAACCUCUAAGCAGCCCCAUGAGUGUUUAAGGGGAGGCACCCGGCCCCACAGUGGCCCAUGCUCCGUACCCCCUUCCCUCCCUGCCUUCCCUCCCCUUCAAGCUGACUCAGAACCGACAGGCACUCUCCCGGCACCACCUCGUCCCUCAUCCUCAGGCCAUGGCUGCGGGCACGGAGACUGUGCACUACAUCCACCUGCACAACUCCAGCCAGUCUGUUCUGGAGGCUUUACGGACGCAGCGGCGUGAGGGCCUCUUCUGCGACGUGACGGUGCGCAUCCACGACGCCUCGCUGCGUGCCCAUGCCUGCGUGCUGGCCGCUGGCAGCCCUUUCUUCCAGGACAAGCUGCUGCUUGGCCACUCGGAGAUCUCGGUGCCGCCGCUUGUCCCCGCUGAGACGGUGAAGCAGCUGGUGGACUUUAUGUACAGCGGCUCGCUGGUGGUGGUGCAGUCGCAGGCCCUCUGCAUCCUCACCGCCGCCAGCAUCCUGCAGAUUAAGACAGUCAUUGACGAGUGCACCCAGAUCAUCUCCCAGAGGAAGGUGGCUGCUGCGGCGGCGGCCGCAGCAAGUGGAGGUGGCGGUGGAGGAGGAGGAGGGGGGAUGACAGGUGGGGUCCUGCCCAAGCAGGAGGAGCGGGGAGGGGGUAAAGGGAGGGAGAGCGGUGGUGGUUGUAUUGGUGGUGGUGUCAGAGUCAGCGUUGGUGGGGGUUACCAGAGCUUCUCGAACUUCGCCUUGGGGGACUGCGGGGCAAGCAACAUGGUCACAGGCCUGGGCGGAGCUAACUUGAGCGUUAAUGUUAGCGAGAGCGACCCAGGAGGCGCCCUGGAGCAGGCUAACCAGGUGGGGCUGAUGGCUCUAGCUGACAUGGGCAGCCCCGGGGCCCUGUGUGGGGCCGACGGGCUGAGCUCAGGGGCUGGCGGAGUCCUCAUGAAGAACUCAAGUUGCACUCAGGACGUGAGGUACAAGCUGAGGGACCUGCUAGCGGCGACCGCUAACGGCGCCAAUGCUGGAAGCUCAGGAAAUCUCUCGGUCGGCUGCAGCUCUGGUGUCAGCAGCGUGGACAGCAUUGGCCAGGACAGUAUCCGCAGCAACGCGGCAGACCUCUCGGAGGAGCUUGUGGGGAUGGACAGAUACUGCGAGGAGGAGGAGAUGGAUGGACAUCACAGAGGGAGAGACGUGGACAGGGACAGAGGGGCAGGAGGACACAGCCGCAAGCAGAGGCAGCCGCUCAGGCUUCAGGUUCUUGUAGGAGAGGAAGUGGUGGUGAAGGAUGAAGGAGUGCAGGAGCCGGAUGGAGGGGUCUUCGGCUUGGAGGAGGGAAGACGAGUUGAAGGGCAGGAGGGCACACAGGUAUCCAUGGCAACCUUCGGCCAGGAGGGUGUGUUCUAUGAUGAGCCUGGAGUUUUCUCCCCCGAGGCUUUCUGGCCACAGAACGAGACAGCUCAGGCCAUGUCCUUCAACCCCAGAGGAGGAGGAAACAAGCCACUGUCUCCCCCUACCUCCACACAGUCCAUCAACAACCAGCUACUUUUUCAGUACCCAGUCAGCCAAUCACAGCCAUCAGCCUCAUUCUUUGUGGGCGGGCCGAUGGUGAUUGACAGCAUGGCAGGAACGGAGCCCAGCCAACAGGCUCCGCCCCCGGCACCAAUGACCCCUGUUUUGUCAACCUGUGGCACGCCAGGCCCCUCCCCUUCCUCCCAGGGAUCUGAGACGUCAUUCGACUGCACUCACUGUGGGAAAUCGUUACGUUCCAGGAAGAACUACAGCAAGCACAUGUUCAUACACUCCGGUCAAAAGCCUCAUCAGUGCAGUAUCUGCUGGCGCUCUUUCUCCCUGCGCGACUACCUCCUCAAGCACAUGGUGGUGCACACGGGCGUGCGCGCCUUCCAGUGCUCCGUGUGCGGCAAGCGCUUCACACAGAAGAGCUCACUCAACGUGCACAUGCGUACGCACCGGGCCGAGCGCACCUUCCAGUGCACCGUGUGCCACCGGGCCUUCACCCACCGCACCCUGCUGGAGCGCCACGCACUGCAACACGCCCACCACGGGGCCACCCAGGGCCAGGGGCAGGGACAGGGCCUCCAGCAGACCCCCAAACACAGCCCUCCAGCCCUGGCAGGGCCCUCAGGCAUGCGCGGCUCACCUGGGAUGGGCGGCACCAUGGCCAACAUGCCCAGUCACAGGCCACCCUCCUAGAAGGAAAGGGAGGGGGAGGAGGGCCCAAUCCCAAACUGAUCUGUCACCCCUAUCGAGGAGCCCUUUUCUGAUCUGAGAGGAUUGCUAGGUAUGAGCAACAUGGUGGAUGCUCCAUCUAGACCUAUCGGAGCCUGGAUGGAGUUUGUGCCAUAUUUCUUACAUGUGAAGCCCUUGCAGAUAUGCAAGAGGGAGUUGCCAAUGAAGGAGAAAAAAAGGGAAGACAAUUGGUUUGGGAUUGGGGAAGAAAAGGAGAGGAAAAGGGAGAGAGAGGCAGAAAGCUGUUGGAGACUAAUUGCAGGAGAUUGAAGGGAGGAAAUGUAGGAGGGGUGAGAAAGAGAGAGACAGAAAAGGGGGAGGGGGAGAGAAAGCAAACAAGGAGAACAAGCCACGGCUAGAAAAAGAGUGCAGGGUGAUGAAGAAGAGAGCGAAGGAAUCAAUGAGAGUUACCGUAAUACAUCAAGAUGACAUAGGAACACUAUUAUAUGCAGGAUGCACUGGACGACCCAGGAUCAUAUACCUCUAAACAGGAAGAGACAUUAAAUGAAUUAAAGACACAACUUUUAUUUUGAAAUGUGACAAAUGUUUCAGCAUGUUUUACACGCCUCAAAGAAUAACUCGGCAGUCCAAAGACAGGCAUUAUGCUACACACGUUUAAUAGCUACAUCAAACAGCAAAACAGUGGGAACUAAAGCUACAUGAAAUCCCUUCCUUUUAAAACCUUACUAAAGAAAAAUAGACAUAAUAUUCCUUUACAUUGUCGAAAUGAGUUUAUUUGUCGCUCAUUUGUGAUUUAUUGAUGAAGACGAAAACAACAAGGUAAUGAAUUUAAAAAGUGAAAAGGGAUCUUUCAACUAUAACUGACACUUUUUGGGAUAAAUGAGAAAAUCUGUACUUUUAUCAGGCUUUUUAAUCCAUGUGUAUGUGUGGUUAUUAUAUGUGCUUUUGGGGCACUUGCCAAGGAAUGGGAAGGUUUGUUGCUGAGAACUAUAACAUUUUUCUCAAACGACUUCAUUUAAUACUUUUAAAUGUUUUUAUUGUAACUAAAUAAAUCAUGAGGAAAUACAAUCACCCAGAGUGGAUUUGAAUACCACGUUAAUAUUUAUUACAAUUUGACAAUGAUCGCUAUGCACAAUACAUUUUUGCACAUUGUGUAAUUUAAUUCAACUUUAUAUGUUGUCCUACCCUAGAUAUUUGCCCUUUGAAAAAUAUAUUUGCCCUAAGAUUACCAAUGUAUAUCAUGUAGAACAUAAAAUGUUUUGUUUUUUGUUUCCAACUUCCCACCUUAAAGGUGAUUUUAGAUAUGCAGUAUAUAGACCCUACUAAACACAAAGGCCAACUGAGCCAGUGAGACCAGCAAAACCCCUUUAAGAUCCCUUCUGGUCCUCACUAUAAACUUUAACAUAAAAUGUCCCCCCACAAUGAGGAAACAUUCUGCUUGAUCAUGAUGAUCUCCUUGAGCUACGCACUGUUCUGCUGAUUCACUAAUCUCAAUAAUGGAAAUCUGAUAAAGCCCUGUUAAUAGGAAGUUGACAUGAUUUAUAGAUCAGUUAAAUCUGUGCUGCAUAUAGUUCAGGCCAACCCUUGUGAACAAAUAGGUGAUUAGGCUGUUCCAGAGAUUGUUAUAUCCUCAGCAACUCAAAUGGUUCUAGUACAUUUUGUCUGAGGUGGACCUGUGUACAGUACUGUAUUAUAAUGUGUGCUUAAAGCCAUGUCAGAAGAACGCAUCCCAUUAUUGUAAUGAUGAACUUUGUUUAGCCUUUUUUAUUUCGCUUUUUUUUUUGUGAAGGGGAUGAUAAAUGGUUAUUUUUUCUGCAAGUUUGAAUAUAACUGCAAGUCAAAUAUGUCAUAAGAAAAUAAGUCAUUUUUAUAAAGACCCAAUCAUGCUAUGUAUACCACAUGUUUUAUGUAUGGAAAGCUAAAAGGCAUGAUAUAACUUUUUAUGUACUUUACUUCAAUGACUUUAUUGAAUUUUAGAUUUGAAACAUUUGAAACAUUUCUUUCUCCAAAUAAAGUCUUACGGCUGCAAGCCAA